AUUACAUUUACUUUGUAAACAUUGCAAUGUGUUCUUUAUUUUCAUUGUGAAUUUUAAUCUUAUUUUAUUAUAAUGGGCGACGAAAUUGUAGAUAACAAUCCCUUGAAAAAGAGGCAGAGAAAAAAGAGGAAGAAUUUCAUAGCAAAUGCCAAGAAAUAUGCGAAAAAGGGCCAAAUGGGUCGGGGUACUAAGGUCCCGGAGGAACUUUAUCAGUAUUUCGUGGGAAUACUCGACGCAAUCAAAGAGGGAGUUACAGAUCCAGACGAGAGACAGGCUCUAGUUAAUAAUGUACUAGAAAGAACGAAAGGUGAGGAAUUGAAUGUCGUGGGCAAUCAGCUUGGUUGCCGCCUUGUUGAGUUACUACUCCCUUACUCGUCAGCAGAACAUCUAGAGAGAUUCAUGAAUAUAUUAUCACCUGAGCUAAGAAAGCUAUGCUCAGACAACUUUUCAAGUCAUAUCAUAGAGACCCUGUUGCGAGUAUCCUGCCAGCGAGCCACAGAACAUCUUCAAGAUGAAAACACAGAGGAAGAGGUGCCAAAAAAGAAAAAGAAGUUGGAAAAGGAGUCUGAAUAUAGCGAGGAACAUAAACAGUUGUGCUAUGAUUUCACACUCAAGAUAUGUAAAUAUGCAUUGAACAAUUUAGAAGAUUUUGUGUGGGAUCAAUCGGCAAAUUAUAUUUUAAGAAGCUCCUUAAAAUGUCUCAGUGGAAUAACACUGCUGCCAGGCGAGAAACCUAAAGUCAAUAUGUUCAAAGAGACUGUGCAAGACAAGAAGGGAAUACCGCCCCAUCUCACUACUAUGGAGUACAAAGUUGUUCCAGAAGAGUUUAAAGAGAUUGUCAAGGAGUUUGCGAACAGGCUGUCGGUGUGGCCUCAAUUCAAAGAUCUGCCGUAUCAAAAUAUGACCUCAGCUUUGCUACAGGUUUUGCUUUAUGCAGUUAAAAAUGUCGACAAAGAUUUGACCAAGAAUUUAGUUAAGAAGUUGUUGAAUGAAAGCUUUGCACCUGAUGACUGGACGUCUACUGGCAAUGAUGAUAAAAAAGACAAGAUAGAUGUUGAUAACUAUGAGGAAGGCAAGGAGAAAAUGGAAAAUGCUGCAGGUUCCUUGCCGCCAGUAUUUGAAUCCGAAUCUGCUGUCAGAUUAUUGGAAGCGGCAUUGUUUGUGUCAAAGAAAAAAAUGUACACACAGUUGUACGCUAAAUGUUUUAUAAACCGUCUCAGUCAGCUUGCUGCCAUGCCCAUGCUAAACUUUACUGUGCAGAGACUGAUAGAUAACUGUAAAAUAAAAGAGGAGUUUGAGCCAAUGUUUGAGGAGCUAUCAACAAAGUACAGCACCCUGCUGGCGUCGGGAAACACGGGAGUGCUGGUCGCGCUGGCUAAGGCCUGCCUGCGGAUCAAGACCAAGCAGAUGCAGUUUAUUCAGCACCUGGAGGCGGCACUGAAAUGCUCGGACGAGGACAAGCAAUUCGCGUUGCAGUGUCUCCGACUGCUGCCGGCGGACGGUGCGCCGCCGCCACCGAACUAUUUCAUCAACGUCCACGGCUCCGUCAUACUGCAGACAAUCCUGGACUUCCAGCGUCCGGCGAAAGCGGUGAACUCGCUGCUGGAGCUGUCGCCGGAGCAGCUGGUGUACGUGCUGAGCGACCCCAAGGGCUGCCACGUGGCGGACGCGCUCUGCCGCGGACAGUUCGUCGGGGUGAAGGCCCGGGACAAGCUGCUGUGGAAACUUAAGGGUUACUACCAAACACUGGCGCUCUCGCAGCACGGCUCGCGCGCUCUCGAGCAAGUCUUCGAAGUGGUAUCUCCAGAACAGAAAAUCAAGAUCAUGACAGAGUUAGCUGACAAGAGCAACCUCCUAAACAGCACGCAGUACGGGAGACUGAUCGCCGCCAAGCUAGAUGUCGCCACGUUCAAGACGUCGCAGAAAAACUGGGAACAGGCGAGGAAAAAUAAAACUUAGCACAGGAAA